AUGGCCCUAACUUAUAGGGCCUUAUUUAAAAAUUAUUAUUACUUGCAAAAUAUAACCAAACCGGUAAAAUGGAGUGUCGGAGAGAAAUAUCCAGUAAGAAGUAUGGCAAUUGGCCCCUGUUAUCAUAAUGAAUACAAUCCAAGACCCUUGCUUGAGGCAAAGGAUUUAACAAUACAAGCUACAAGCUUAAGACUAUAUUCCACUCAAGACAAACCUCCAUCAGAUGGGGAACCAACAAAAGUGAAAGUAGGUCUUAUACAAAAAUUUAAAGUAAUGUACAGGGAUUAUUGGUAUGUGCUAAUACCUGUUCAUGUGGCUACGUCUAUUAUUUGGUUUGGAAGUUUUUACUAUGUUGUUAGAAGUGGUGUUGAUGUGUUAGCUUUAUUAAAAACAUUAGGUGUCAGUGAAACCAUAAUUGUUCCCUUAAGAGACUCUGCUGCAGGAUAUUUUGCCCUCGCAUUAGCAUUGUACAAAUUGGCAACACCUCUGCGGUAUACUGUAACAGUAGGAGGGACAACAGUUGCCAUUAAAAAAUUAAAAGAAUUGGGUUUCAUCAAACCAGUCCCUUCACGAGAAAGGAUAAAAGAAAUUUUUCAAGAAAAGAAAGAUACACUCCAAGAUCGUUUCAAUGAGAGUAAAACCCAUUAUCAAACACAAAUGAAAGAAAGACGCACUCAAGUCCUGCAGGAAAUGAAACGUUAUAAAACUGAAAUGAGGAAUAUGAAAAAAAACAAGACGCAGCCAAAACAGUGA